AGUUCAUGGACUGUUCAGAAAUCUGAUGGUGGAGGGGAAGAAACUUCCUGAAAUGACAAGGCACAUUAAGCAUCCAUGAGCUAUUGUGUUGGCUGUAACUACCUGAAAGCAGCCUGUGACUGGAGCUGGCCACUGCCACACAAGCUGCGUCCCGACUGUCUUUGUUGUUUGCAGCAACAGCAAGUCAUCAAAGUCAUCAGGAUCCCUAUAAAUUUGGAGCUGUUCAUCACCUUCUCAGGGUGCUGCCUCACAGGACAACAUGACCAGUCACUCGCAGGGAAUCCAUCAGCUUCUACAGGCAGAGAAACGGGCAAAGGAAAAGUUGGAGGAAGCUAAGAAGAGAAAGGGAAGACGGCUGAAGCAAGCAAAGGAUGAGGCUCAAGCAGAGAUAGAUCAAUAUCGUCUGCAAAGGGAGAGAGAGUUUAGACAAAAACAGGACUCGAUCAUGGGAUCUCAAGGUAAUCUUUUGGCUAAGGUGGAUGAACAAACCAGAUCAAGAAUAAACGGGCUCAUAAGUAACCAUGAGCAGAACAGUGAGACAGUUCUGCAAAAGCUCUUGGGGAUAGUUUGUGAAAUCAAACCAGAAAUCCAUGUUAAUUUCAGAGAAGCUGGUUCGCAUUGACUGGAGAGUUGGUGAUAAAUUAAACUUCAUCAAACAAAUGACAUACUAUCAUUGAAGGUGCCUAACACUGGAUAAUGUGUAUUUUGUGAAAAACAUUUUACCUUUUUAAUUUUGAGUGCCUUGGGACUUGUUCCUAUUACUAAAGGUGCUAUAUAAAUACAAGAUUUUGCCGCUGAUUUUGAUCUUUAUCCCUUCCCUAUAGAUCACUGAGUCUUACAGUCAGAUGGGUUUGUCAGUAUACCUCCAUAUAUCACAGCCAACGCCAGUAUAUUGUAUUGCUUGACCCAUAGGAACAGAGCGGGGGAACAGGAACAAGCCAUUCAACUUCUUGACUUUAUUCUGUAAUUUAGUUAGAGCAUGGGUGAUCCUUGUCUUGACGAUGCCCUGUGGACUGCCCAUCAUAUUCCCUCACAUUCAACCCCUGCCCCGCCAUCCCAGCUCCUAUCGAACUUCCUGCUUUGCCUUGGAGAACUUGACGAACACCAGCAAUCUCAACCACAGAGGAAAGGUUUUCUUGUAAGAAAUUUGAGACUCAGGUUCACGUUCAAUUUCAUUAUUAAGAUUUUGCAUUUCUAGAUUACUAUAAUUAAGUGGUCACAGUGUUGUUCUUUGUGAUAAUUCACUUAUAAAACAAAAUUCACUGGAAAUGGUUAA